GUUUUUUACUUAUCAUUUUAUUGGCAAACUAGUGUUUGUCUUAGACGUUAUUUCUAAAAGGGAUUUAUAACAUAAUUAUCCAUGUACUUCCUCAGUAGAUGUAUGUGAAAUAAUUGUUUUAUUAGUUUGUUAAUUUUUUGUUUAAAUUUAAUCAACUUUCAACGAUAUUAUGAGAGAAAAAAAGAAUAAAAACGUCUGUAUUGUAGUGUUGGGAGAUAUAGGAAGAAGCCCCAGAAUGCAGUAUCAUGCUCAAUCGCUUAUUAAUGAAGGUUUUGAUGUUGAUAUUAUUGGGUAUUUAGAGAGUCCAGUUCUUACUGGUAUAAAAGAAAAAAGUAAUAUAAUCAGUUUGAAAAAAGUACCUUCAUUUGAAAAAUAUGUUCCAAGAUUAAUGUCAUUCAUACUUAAAGUUUACUGGCAAAUUUUGACACUUUUCUGGGCAAUUUUAAUAAAACGAAAAUCUGAUAUUGUUUUGGUACAAAAUCCUCCAGCCAUUCCUACCUUAGCAAUUUGUUGGUUUUAUUGUUUAUUAGUGAAUGCUAAAUUUAUAAUUGAUUGGCAUAACUAUGCUUAUUCAGUAUUAGCAUUAACAGUAGGAAAAUCAGCUCCAUUAGUCAAGUUGUCAUUACUCUAUGAAAAAUUUUUUGGCAAACUAGCAGAUGCUAACUUUUGUGUGACUAAAGCAAUGCGUGAAGAUUUAGCAGUUAAUUGGAAUAUUAGAGCACUGACUUUGUUUGAUAAACCUGGUCAACAAUUCAGCACUAAAGUUACUAAAGCAGAAAAAAUUAGGGUACUAAAAUCAAUUAAUUUACCAAGUUUAGUAGAAGAACAAUUGGUAACUGGUCAAAUUGGAUUGUUAGUAUCAAGUACUAGUUGGACGCCAGAUGAAGAUUUUUUCAUUCUUUUGAGAUCUUUGCAAAAAUAUGACGAAAGUGAUGAUACAUACCCAAAACUUGUGUGUGUUAUAACGGGAAAAGGACCACUAAAGUAUCAUUAUCAGCAGGUGAUAUCAAAAAUUAUUUGGAAAAAGGUUACUAUAGUUACACCAUGGCUUCAAAAUGAGGAUUAUCCAAUUUUAUUAGCAAGUGCAGAUUUGGGAGUUUGCCUUCAUAAUUCUUCUAGUGGCCUAGAUCUACCCAUGAAAGUGAUUGACAUGUUUGGAGUUUGUCUUCCAGUGUGUGCUUAUAAUUUUAAUUGUUUACAUGAAUUGGUUAAGCAUAAUGAAAAUAGUCUUGUAUUUUCGGAUGAAGAAGAACUAUCUCUACAAAUAUCAACCUGGUUUAAAGGUUUUCCUAAGGAAAUAUGUGAAAAAAAGGAGCAGUUUUGUACAGAGAUCAAUAAAUUUCGUUCAACUGAUUGGCAUACAAAUUGGAUGGCAGUUGCUUUUCCAUAUAUUUUGAAUAUCGAUAAGUAAUUGUUUGCUUUUAUAUCACACUAUGUAUACAAAUAUAGUUUACUUUUUUAUUGUGCAGAUAUGUGAUAUAAAAAGUUUAUAUGAAUGUUAAAUUAAUAUAUUUUAAUAAACUAUAUGAUUAUUUUUUUGUUAGUUUAA